GAGGCACCUUGGGGUCCGGCGGAGUGCGCCCGAAACUGGGAGAGGUGCUUCAGGGGACCUGGAUACCUUUAUUUCUCUGCUUCCCCCUGUUGCCAUGCUUUUCUAGAAACCAAGCUGUCUGCCAUCUCUGAACGUUCCUCAAGAUGUCAGCUUCAGCCUCACAAGGCCAUAACUGGACCCGACAGCUGAAGAAAGAAGACGAGGAAGAAGACCCACUAGACCAGCUGAUCACCCGCUCUGGCUGUGCUGCCUUCCACUUUGCAGUGCAGGAGUGCAUGGCCCAACACCAGGACUGGCGUCAGUGCCAGCCACAAGUGCAGGCAUUCAGGGAUUGCAUGAGUGCACAGCAGGCAAGAAGGCGGGAGGAACUGCAGAGGAGGAAAGAGCAAGCCAGUGCUCAACACUGAGACCCUAAACCGUCAUCCCACAACCUGGCCCUGAAGAAAUAAGCACCCAGAGUGACCCUGGGAAGAAGCAAUCCUAAGUAGUAGAGUGUGCAAUAGGAGAUAAAUAAUUCGGACCAUCUUUGGGACUAGGGUUGAAAGCACCAUGAGCUGUUUUUACUUUAUGAUCAGAUCAGACACAUCUACACCGUUCCUGUUCCACCCAUACUUGUAUCUAAAAUUAGUGGGAUAUGGACCACCCCUCCAUCCUACCUCUUGAGUGUGCCAAGUACUUUGUAAGUAAAUUCACAGCCUAAAGGUAAAUUGGUUGUUCAAUCAGGCCUUUGUUUUUCAGUCACAAAUUUAACAACAGAAAGUGUUUCUAAGACACUGUGUUAGUAAUGUGCAAUUUGAAGAGUUAUGUGGCCUUGCUGUUGCUUAGAGACUAGUGCGAGAGGCCACGCUCAAACAGUGAACUCAGUUUCCAACAAUGACAGAAGAGCCUUUAUCUUUCCUGGGUGUUUUAUUCAGUUUAAUGGGGGUCAGGAGCUAAUCGAGAAACAUUUUUUAAAAGACGGAAUCUAUGUAGUCCAGACUGACCUUGAAUUUUCUGUAUAGCCAAGGAUCACCUUAAACUCAUGAUCUUCCUGCCUCCACCCCACAUACUGAGAUUACAGGCAUGUGUUACCACACUUAUCGAGGAAACAUUUUCAGCUGAGUACAUGGUGUAUGUCAGGCUCAGUGUAACAGAUUCAGAGCCUGCCCCAUCCUACCAACACACAAAGCUUGCCAGACAUUUUGGAAGUAUGUUUGACAUUAAAGUACAGACUUUGACCUUUGGAAAAAUGGAACCACUAUAUGUUCCUACUUGACAACAGUUUGACAGAGCUGAUAAUGCCUUCUCUGGGGUGCUGUUUCCUAUUUAUAACAUCAACAGUUGCUUCUCAUUUUUAUUCAGCGAAACCAUGAAAUCUGUUUCUGCAUGCCCCUGGAAGUUAUUUGGAAAUGGGAAAGGGUUUGGAAGGUGACUCUGCCACAGAAGCUUGGGUGUUUUGUUUUUAAUUUAUCAUUAUUAACAAACAUCUCUCAGGCAUCUAUAUGUUAGUUGUCCAAGUCUGAAGUAUGGUAGACCCUAACACCUACUUGAGCCUUGUGUGCAGAAAUGUUAGGAAAGACAGACAGAAAGUAGAGAAGUUUAGUGAAGAGUAAAGCCCUGUUUCAAGUUGAAGAUCAAGUGAGUAGAUAGAGCUGCAUCUCUGCCGGUCCACUCCUGCUUUGAGUUGAGGUUGAGUCAGCAGUGGGGCAGGUAGUGUGCAUUGGGGUGUCGGCACAAAUCCCAGAGAUGGGCACAGUGUGGUGCACGCCUUUAAUCCCUGUACUCAAGGCAGAGGGAGGCAGUUCUCUGAUUUCAAGGUCAGCCUAGUGUACUCGUGAGUUCCAGGACAGCUAUAGCUACAUAAUGAGAUUCUGUCCAAAAAAAUUAAAAAAUCUCAGAGAUAAAAAGAGGGACUUUUUAACUCUAUCAAUAAAAGAGGGACUUUUAAAAUUGAAGUACACAUUACUUAUUUGUAACGUUGGAAGAAUUACCAUCUGGAACAAAUUCAAAGUACAUCAAGGUCAGUAAGAAAAGACAAGAAGAAACACUGGCUGGACUGGGGCCCAUUCCUACUUAUAUCCCAGCAUUUAGGAGGCGGAGGCAGAAAAAUCACCCAUAAGUUUUAGGCCAGACUGGGAUACAUAGUAAGUUUUAGUCUAGCCUAACCAAUAAAAUGAGAUUAUUUAAAAAAGAAGAAUAUGCUUGAGAUUAUAGGAAAAUAUAAAUAGGUGCUCUAUUACAGAUAAUCCCAAAAAAAAAAAAACCCACACGCUUUUAACAUAAAAUGUUAGCUGAUUCUGCUGGCAAAUUAAGUGACCAGUAUUGGUGGAGAAAGGAACAGACUCAUUCUUGUGAGGAGGGAGAGCACUAACUUUUUGGAGGACAAUUUGGUGGACUCUAAACUAUUUAAAUACACAAAGCUGGCUGCAAUGACACAUGCCUAUAAUUGGAGCAAGGCUGAAACAGGAGGACUGUAGCCAGUCCAGGCUACAUUGAGUUCCAGGACAGCCAUAGCUACAUUUGUGAGGACCUAUCUCAGAAAAAAAAAACCUAAAAUAUACAAACCCGUUUCAUAAGAGCCUCUACUGAAUACAUGUCGUAAGAUGCAUUUGCUGUGUGUCCUGCAGCAUGCAGCACAGUCAGAGGGUAAAUUCCCAUCAGUAAGGACACAGUUACUCUGUAUUCCAGUCUGUAAUGGAAAUGUGUCUACAUGAUUUACAGUGGGGCUGUGUCCCAAAAAACUCUCACUAUAAGUGGAAAUGCAUUUAGUUAAACAAUGUAGCAUGAAGGAAGGGGAAAAUAUCCUGAAUGAGAGAGUACAGAGGGAGGGUGAGAGAGUAGGAGGAAGGGGAUAAAGUGGAAGCUUGGUUGCCAGGCGGUGUUGGCGCAUGCCUUUAAUCUCAGCACUCAAGGAG